AUGGGCAAAGCACCUCGACUGAACAAUGUCUACCUGAUCAGCGUGCUGACAACCAUUGGCGGCCUUAUCCAAGGCUUCGAUGUGUCGAGCAUGUCUGCCAUCAUUGGCACUGAUCAGUACAAGGAGUACUUCCACAAACCCGAUGCUGUUGCACAGGGUGGGAUCACGGCCAGUAUGGCUGGUGGCUCGCUACUUGGGUCGCUCUUCUCAGCUUGGACGAGUGAUCGAUAUGGUCGUCGUGACUCGCUGUUCAUCGCCUGCAUAAUUUGGUUGACUGGUUCGACUUUGAUGUGCGCAGUGCAGAAUGUUCCUAUGCUUAUUGUGUCUCGGAUUAUCAACGGCUUCAGUGUUGGAAUGCUCACGUCGCAAGGUCCCAUUUUGAUUGCUGAGAUCAGUCUUCCUCACCAGCGUGGCAGGUUUCUCUCUCUACAACAGUGGAUGAUAACAUGGGGUAUUCUAAUCAUGUACUUCAUCUCCUUCGGAACAUCCUACAUAAGCAACAACGCAGUAUUCCGCAUCCCCUGGGGUAUUCAAAUGAUCCCAGCGAUUGUUCUCAUGUCAUGUCUCCCAAUGAUGCCUCGUUCACCACGCUGGCUUGCUACACAAGAUCGAUGGGAAGAGGCAGUCGCUGUACUCGCAAGAUUACAUGCCAAGGGAGAUAAUCUUGACCCGGUUGUUCUAGCUCAGACUACUGAAAUUCGCGAGAAGAUUGAACUCGAACGCCAAUACCAAAGUUCAUCCUGGAUGGAGCUAUUCAAACCUCGCAACAUUAUCCGCGUACACUGCGGUAUCUUUACACAUAUUUGGUCUCAAUUGAGUGGAACAAAUGCCAUGAUGUACUACAUUGUCUACAUCUUCCAGAUGGCCGGCCUUGAAGGCAACAAUGCCCUGUUAUCGGCAUCAAUUCAAUACAUCAUCAACGUUGUGAUGACACUCCCAGCACUAAUCUUCAUCGACCGCCUCCCCCGCCGUCGUCUCUUCAUCGGCGGUGCUUUUAUCAUGGCAGUUAUGCAGUUUACUCAAGCAGGUAUUAUGGCUUCGUAUGGAUACCAUGUUCCAGAAGGACUCAAAGGAUCCCCUACAGUCACUUGGAGAGUUUCCAAUGGCAAAGCAUCUAAGGCAAUUAUCGCCUGUUCAUACUUGUUCAUUGCUACAUUUGCGCCCACUUGGGGUCCCUUAGGAUGGCAUCUAACUAUCCUUCUUCGCAGGGCAUACCCACCAGAGAUUAUCCCUCUCUAUAUCCGCAGUAAAUCAGUAUCCCUAGCAACAUUUUUCAACUGGGCCUGUAAUUUUGCUUUAACCUUCUUCACACCACCAGGAUUCAAAAAUAUUCAGUGGAAGAUCUACUGCGUAUUCGGAACGUUCUGCCUUGUUGCCGCUAUCCACGUCUUCCUUCUCUUCCCCGAGACGUGUGGAAAGUCUCUAGAAGAGAUUGAUGAGGUGUUUAAUAACCAAAAUAUCUGGACAUUUAAAACAACGUCCGAGCCGAGCCGCUUCGCAGCUGAUAUUGAACAGGCCAAGGAGGACCUGAGUGCUGGGAAAGCUAAUACGGCUUAUUUCGAGGCCAAGGCAUAG